AUGGCCAGGCGGGUCCUCAGCCCCAGCCCCUAUCCUGCACCCUGGUGGGGACCGCAGUCCGAAGGUCCUGGCUCUGCCAAGCGCCGCCGAAUCGAGGAGCCCGCGGGCCCCGACUCCAGGACUGCGCCCAGCCUGCAAGAUCCCGCAGGGGAUCCGGCGGGGCCUCCGGCGGCGGACACGCUCACGUCCGUGGUGGUCCUGGCUCCGGGCUGUGCUGUGCAGCUGCCCCUGGACGACGUCGACCUGGUGCUGGAGCCCGAGCCAACGUCGGUCCUGCAAGUGUCUCUCGGGGGGCACACCCUAUUGCUUGUACCGGAGGCCCUGUUGGGCCCUGGAGACGAACGCUCACGAGGGCAGACCCACUCGCCUCACUGCCAGGAACCGGGCGUUCUUUGGCGCUCUCCCGGGGAGGACGUCGCCGUCCAUCAGGGAUUCUUCCGCGCAUGUGUCCCAGAGAUGGCCUUCCUAGAAGAGGCCUACGACGAAGACAUGGAACCCGAGUUCCUAACUCCUUGGGUGGACGCCGCGUCAGGCUCCGUCGCUGGGUUCCGCCUCUACCCGCACAGCCCCAUUAAAGAGCCCUCGCCUCAGGCCUCCACCCCUAGUCCUUUGAGACGCUCGCCUGGUCCCUACGUCAACCUGAAUUUCCACCUUCUGGAGCCCUUCCCCAGCUCACCGCUCCAACCUCUACCUCCCUCUCCGAGUCCAGGUCCGCACGUGCAACCCCAGCGCCCUCCGGGUCCCGCGCGCAAGGCCCGGAGACGCCUGUUCCAGGAGUGA